UUUGCUCGAAAUGAUUCGAAGCAUUGGGUGCAUUAAAAAUAUAUUUUUAGUUGACAGGAGGAGAAAUUUUUUAUAUAGUGUUAAUUUACGUAAGAAAAAAUAGGAAAAAAAUGGAAAAUGAAAGAUUGUUACGCUCCCCUCAGAGGCAAAGGGAACAAAUCAGAGUAAAGUGCAAUAUUUCCUACACUUGUACUACUUCAGGAUUGAUACAAAUUGUAGCAUUGAUGUUACCCUUUCUUGCAAUUCUCUUCGUCACAAUUCAAAUAAAGGACGAGUCAUUGAUUGAUAUGUCAAAUAAAUGGGUUAUUUUACAAUUUGCAUUGAUAUUGUCUCGAUUGUUGCCAUUUUUAUUUUAUGAUGUCGAAGAACCAUAUUAUUUCAAACGUACAAUGACAUUUUACGAAUUGGGAAUGACUAUAGCAGUAUUAUUAAUUUACGUAAUGGCUAUUCCUUUCUUAUAUUCGAAGGAAGAACCUCGAUUUCUCAAUGUGAUGGUAUUUCUAACAUUUGGAAUAGUUAUAAAUGCUGCACAUAUCCUGUGGAUUAUUUCUAAAUUAAUUUUUAGACUAGCUUAAUCAAUUUUUUAUUAUUUUCCAAGUUAGUAUUUUUGAUUGUAUUGUUUUUUCAUUUUUUAUUUUAUUAUUCAAGUCUGAAUCGUUUU